GCGGCGCCCCCUGCAGUUGUGGAUGUGGUAUGACCCUGUGUGGCAGGAAGGUGUUGACGGUGCUAAGCAGCGUAUUCGCUGUGUGCGCACUGGGCCUGCUGGGCAUCGCUGUCAGUACUGACUACUGGCUCUAUCUGGAGGAGGGCGUCAUCCUGCCCCUCAACCAGAGCACUGAGUUACGCAUGUCCCUGCACUCGGGCCUCUGGAGGGUCUGCUUCACAGCUGGUAAACCAGAAACUGGGGACCUGCUUUGGACAUGUAGGGGAGAUGAGAAGGGCCGUUGUUUCACCAUUGAGUAUGUGAUGCCCACCAACGUGCAGCUGACGUCGGAGUCUACAGUUAGUGUGCUGAAGAUGAUCCGUUCAGCCACUCCUUUCCCUCUGGUUAGUCUCUUCUUCUUGUUCAUUGGUUUUGUCCUGAGCAACAUCGGUCAUAUCCGGCCCCACCGCACCAUCCUGGCCUUCAUCUCCGGAAUCUUCUUCAUCCUCUCAGGUCUGUCUCUGGUGGUGGGCCUGGUGUUGUACAUCUCCAGUAUUAAUGAUGAGAUGUUGAACAGGACCAAGACCAACGAGGCCUACUUCAGUUACCAGUACGGCUGGUCCUUCGCUUUCGCUGCCAUCUCCUUCCUGCUAACUGAGACGGCCGGCGUAAUGUCCGUCUACCUGUUCAUGAAGCGCUACACGGCCGAGGAGAUGUACAGACCCCACCCGGGCUUAUACGGGCCGCGCCACAGCAACUGCUCCGACUACUCUGGUCAGUUCCUCCACCCGGACACCUGGGACCAGCACGGCCGCAGCCCCUCCAGCAUCUCCAGCGAAGCCUCGCUCCAGAUGAACCACUCCCUCCACUCCAACUACCCAGCGCUCCUCAAGUGUCCCGAGUAUGACCGCAUGUCCUCCUCCCCAUGCUGAGGCCUGCGUGAAGCCCUGGAGCCUGGGCAACGGGUUGCACACACAUCCCCAGGAAGGAAGAGUCUGGCUGGGUUGCUGAGGUGGUAGACAAGGUUGGUCGGUCUGGAGGAGGGCGAUUGAGAGGGCUGAUGGCGCCUAGGUUGUGUUUUGUGAGAGAGGGGGGGGCGUAUCUUUUUCCAUGUGUGUGACGAUCUCUUUUGAAGUCCUCUUGUAGUGCAGUUUUCUGAAUUUUGACACAUUUGGGAGAUGGCGACCCCCACAGCCAACCUUCCAUCUCUGGUUUUACUCAAAGUACAGUAGAAGUAGUGAUUCUCAAUCAGACCUUGUUCACCUUCGCCAUACAGUACGUUCUCCAUCUUGGUCAAUAUAGAAGCUGAUAUCUCCCCGGUAACCCACAUAGGACUUCUGUCAACUGUAUAACUUGUAAGAUAAUAUACUAUAAGUGGGUAGAUUGAAAGUGAAAAGUUUUCCUCUCUUUAUUUUGACUAUGUGGUUUAAUCAUCCCGUCAGAGAGCAGGAGGUUUAUUACAAGUAUUUUAUCAAUUUGAUUAUUUUUUCAUCGUCCAUCUCACGCUCAGUACUGUUAAUAAAGACAGAGAUAAAGUUUGUAUAUUUUUGAAUGGAAAGAAACCAUGAAGCUUCUACUACAUCCAUGGAGUCCAAAUGAAGUCCCUGCAGAAUUACAGUAUGUACAUAAUGCAGUGAAAAGGGGAGAAUAAAGGGAUGAUGAAGCUAAAGGAGAGAGAAAAGAGAGUAUAGCCUCAGAACAUGGUUUGAUAGUCAUUGAGACCAUCAGAUAUGGAGAGCCAGUUUGAAUGUAAUGUAGCUGAUGAAGAAUACAAAGUUGAUAUAAACUAACCCUGAUUUUGCUGUUAAUAGUGCACCAGGCACAUAUACACUACUGGUCAAAAG